GCAAACAGUCCGCAGUGUCAUUAACCUUUCUACUUUACCUCAGAGUGGUAGAUUUACAUUAGCAGGCUGGAGACGUGAAUGAGGUUCAGUUAAGGUCUGCAUAUUAGUCAUGUUUAUGAAAUGCUUUCAUUUAGCAUUUUCUUCUUUUCAUCCUUAAACUCCUCUACGAUUUGAUAUCCUUCUGAUAAAAGGUUCGAUUCUUUGUUCGUGUGCUCUUUUGCUGAUUCAGAUCCUUUGUCAUAAAUUGCAAGUGGAGCCUCAAAGAAGAAUAGCUGUUCCUUUAUAAUACUAAUGAGGAUCAAAAUAGUCAAGCUGUGAAAUAGGCUGGCAUGCAUUUUACUGCUAAGUCCAUGUGUGAUCUGCACAUCUUUCACACCAGUGAAGCUCUUAAACGCUAAAUUUACUGAAUUUACUAAAUUUACCAAUAUGAAUUGACCUUUGGUGAACGCUGUGUCGCCACAUAGGUAUAAAUGAACUCCAGGUUAUUCAAACAUGUGAUUACUUCAGAGGACGUUGUUACUCAUUAGACAUAGCACUGGGAGCCCUAUACCAUCAAGUAUAAGAAGGUGGGGCAUACGCUAGCAAUCUCCACAUUGUGUUGAGCUUCACACAGCUGCCUCAGCCUCCCGCCACUUCAGUGAAGGAGAAGCCAGACCCUCUAAACAACAUGGACUUCAGUGGAACGUGGCAGGUCUAUGCUCAGGAGAACUAUGAGGAGUUCCUCAGGGCCAUGGAGCUCCCAGAAGAUGUCAUCAAAGUGGCCAAGGACGUCAAGCCAAUCACUGAGAUCAAGCAGAGUGGCAAUGACUUUGUCAUCACCUCCAAGACUCCCGGAAAGUCCGUGACCAACUCGUUUACCAUCGGCAAGGAGGCUGAUAUCACCACCAUGGACGGCAAGAAGAUCAAGUGCAUUGUCAAUAUUGAGGGCGGCAAACUGGUCUGCAAAACUGACAGGCUCCGCCACGUCCAAGAGCUCAAAGGAGGAGAGAUAGUUGAGACUUUGACCAUUGGGUCGACAACUCUCAUCAGAAAGAGCAAACGGAUAUAAACUUGGCAGCGAAGAAAGCAGUGUCUAUUUAAAUAAAA